AUGGGGGAGAUGUACAAGGGACAGUUUUUCAGUACGCCAAGGAUGACACAAUCAGGGAGGAGAAAAAAAGGAUCAACUUCUUGUGCAACUAAUACCGAGGGAAAAGUAAAGCAGAGUAAAAAUAUCAUGAAGACCUUAUUUUUAAGAUACCCCAAAGUUGUGCUCCUGGUUCUGUUAUUUUAUUUUGUACAGACUUAUUUUCCCGGAGAGUUAGGCGUGAGGACGGGAUUUUGUUCCGUUCCUCAGCACUUCCCUAGAUGGGGAUGCUUUACGAGGGAUCCCCCCCACCAGAAGAAAUUAUCGGAGCUUUUAUUCAGAAUUAAAAAAACCAUAAUGAAGAAGAAAAAGAUGGAUGCUGAAAAUGAGCUCAUGGAGGGGAAAAACAAAAAUAUGAAGAUGAAUAAAAGGAAGAAGAAAAAAAAGAGAAACAAACAAACAAACAAAAUAGGAGAUUUAUUUUAUGCAAAAAAUAGACAAAUUAAAAAUAGAAACAUCGUUAAUAUGAAGACUGUAGUGGGAGAAAUAAAACCAAAGGUGCAAAAACAAACAGUAGUUAUAGAAGAUAUAGACACAUGGGGGGACUUAGAAGAAGAGGAGUUAUUUAUGAAAAUUAAAAGUCUCAAGGGUCUUAUCAAUUCUAACCAAAUGUACAGCAUAUGGGAGAGUGUAUACGCCCUCAUGAGAAAGAAAUAUUUCUACAGGGAAGAGGAAAUAUGGACUUUCUGCGAACGAAUUGCCAAGGCUUACGAAGUUCCGAAGGAGUCUAAGAUGAAUAUAUGGUACAAGGUGUACUACAACAUGAAGGAAGAAACAAUAAAAACUGAAAAACAUCAAUUUAAUAAAAUUUACCCUUUUAUGGAUAAGGGGCUGUGUGAAGAUGAAGUUUUCAUUAAAUUUUUAUUUGAUGAAUUGGAUGUGUGGAAAAGAAAAAUGAAGAGUAUCGAGAGAAAGUGGAUGCAUUUGCUGCUCUUGAAUUUGAAAUUUUCUAGGAGGAGGAAUAUGAUUCUACUCAGCAGCUUAUGA